CAGCUGUCAAAUGACGUCAUAUCCAUGCGACUGUUUACAUGCGACAAACGAUUAUGGCUCUGUUUCCAGCUUUUGCCGAAGUAGCCACAAACGAAGUUGAAGAUUCGCCUAAAGUGGAAUUAGAUUGGCUGAACAAUAAGAGUUUUCAGACUGGGGAUGCGCUUUCUCUUCACAAUCGUUUUAUAAACAAAGGCAUCGAGAGACAGGAUGAAAAGGACUCAAGAGAGGUGAGCUCUGCAGAGGAUGAGGAUGGCCAAGUACCACCCAAAAAAAAGAAAAAGAAAAGUGAAAAGAAGAGAAAGAAGAAGAAAAAACACAAGAAAAGAAGUGGGAAGUACUCAAAUAGCAGUGGGUCUGACUCGGAAACUAUCUACCCCAGUGACCUCAAAAAGGAACAAGAGGCAGAUCGGACUGAGGCUGCUCCAUUAGACAGUCGUUUUUGUUGGCUGGAUGACCUACAGUCACCCACUCGGCAGUCUUUCUGUGUUGACCGUAAACCAGACCGAGCCAACUGGACUUACAAGUCCUUGUACAAAGGGGAUGUAGCAAGGUACAAGAGGAAAGGCCGCUCGUCAUUAGGCCUAGAUGCUUGCAGACAGGAAAUCAGCUGGGAGGAUUUGACUAAGAAACAGAGAGGCGGGGACAAGAAGAAAGGAGCAGACAGAUACUUUUCUACAGUCAGUCGCCAGCUUUUGAGGUCUGUGCCCCCUCUUCCCACAUUAUCAGCAAAUCCUGACUGUAGGAAUGUCAUCAGCACCAGCUCCUUCCUCACUCUGUGUGGCAAUGAGGAGGAGGCCAAAGGACAGACGGGUGACAGAUCCCAGAUGUCAUUAGUGAAUCCCCUCGGUGUCUAUGACUCCUCUACGGCCCUCUGGCUGCAGGGGAAGGGAAAACAAGAUGAAAAAGAGCACCAAACGCAGGAUGUUCAGACAGACCAGAACACAGUUGUGCUGGCUGGGAGGACUGAAGAGUUUAACAGGCGGCUCAGAGAGCAGCCAGACAACAUACAGCUAUGGAUAGAAUUCAUAAAAUACCAGGAUGAGCUGAGUGCAACAGCGUUUGGAGGUGAGGAGGAGCACAAGGCCAACAAUCCAGCUGAGCAUCAUAAAUCUUCCUACCGAGCAGUUCUGGAGAAAAAGCUGAGUAUUGCAGAGCGUGCUGUGGCGACCAAUCCCGGCUGCAUAGCUCUACAGCUGGAAAGGCUCAAGAUCUGCCAGGAGCUCUGGGAGUCUUCAGCUUUGGCUAAAGAGUGGAAGAAACUGGUGUUUCUCCACCCAAACAGUGCCCCCCUGUGGAGGGAGUAUCUGUUGUUCACCCAGAGCUAUUUCAGUACUUUCACCGUGUCAAAGGUCAACUCUGCCUACGGGAAGUGUCUCAGCACGCUCAGUGCUGUUCGUGACGGCAGCAUGGUCUCACAUCCAGCCCUGCCAGGGGUGGAGGAGGAUAUGCUGGAUAUCUUCACCCAGCAGUGUCAUUUCCUACGUCAGGCUGGUCACUCAGAGAAGGCGAUUUCCCUGUUUCAAGCCAUGCUUGACUUUACUUUCUUCAAACCUGACAGUGUACAAAAAUUGUCCACCAAGCAGCAGGUGGAGUUCUUUGAACCCUUCUGGGACAGUGGGGAGGCGAGGGUCGGGGAGCUGGGGGCCAGAGGCUGGAAAGCUUGGAUGCUGCAACAGGAACGCGGAGGCUGGCUACAGCCCAAUGCAGAGGAUGAAGACGAGGAGGAAGAGGAGGAUGAGGAGGAGGUGAAGGAUCGGAGCCAACCCAGAUGGGCAGUCUGGUUGGAUGUGGAGUCAUCUCGUGAAGCAAGUCAUUGGCUGCCCUGGAGACCUGACAAAUCUAAGGGCCAGUCAGAGGAGGACUGUGAGGACCCUGAGAGACAGGUGCUGUUUGACGACAUUGGUCCGUCUCUGAUAUGUCUGUCUUCACCGGAUCUCCAACUCCGUCUUCUUCUCCAUUUCUUGUCUUUCCUGGGGCUGCCUGUGGACUCUGUGCUCUCUGGUGAACCCUCUCAGCCUGGCCUGAUGCUGGAAAACCUCUCCUUUCUUACUCAGGGAAAUGACCUUCAACGGCCUCUCACAUCCCAUGACCUACCUGAUCUUGGGGUUAACUCCAUAGGUCACAUGACCACUCUUCAAGGAAUAAGGAAGUUGGUUGGGCUUGGAAAGCAGGGUGAGAGGUUUGUCACUAAUGUUUUAAACAUGGUCCAGCCUGUACUUCCUGCUCACCACCGAGCUGCUCUGUCACUCAGUUUGGUCCAGUACGAGAAACUCAAGGUCCUACAGUCUGUCCACAGUGGCAACAAAAAGCGUCUCCGCUUGCAGGGCAAACGUAGCAAACGCAUCAUGAAGCGGCUGCUCAAAGAGCCUGAUAACCGCUCAUCUUUGGUCCUGUGGAGGGAGUACGCCCACCUGGAGUGGCUUCUGGGCAAUCUUGAUGAAGCUCGCAAAGUUUUCUCCACAGCUGCAGCAUUAGGAGGAUCCAAAGGCCUGAGCUGUUCACACCUCUGUGAGCUGUGUCUGUUGUGGGCCCAGCUGGAGGUGGAGGACGGACCGAAUGUGCACGGAGGGGGACUGAGGGAUGUAACCGCUUCAUCUGCAGUCUCUGUGCUAACCAGACUAGCAGAAGGAACCUCCUUAGUUUUUCCUUCUUCCUCCCAGUCCAUCUCUCCAGUUUCCAUAUUGAAAGCAAGGAAGUCAUAUGAGCAGGCUGUGACUGCGAACCUGUUGACCCUGGAUCAAAACCCCCACAACCCACAGGCCACUAGAAAAGCAGGUCACGAGGAUCUGCAAGUCCAGCAGUUCAGAGGUCUGGUGGGCUGCUACGCUCUGUUCCAAUACCUCACAAUGGACAUCCAUGCAGCUAACACUGUGUAUAGCCAGGCAAGAGACAGGAUGGAGGGGCUACACAGCAAGCUAACACUUGACAGCAAAUGUGAAAAGGAAACUAAUCUUUCUAGCAGAGAAGCUGCAGCUGAUUCCAGCCAUACCUUUAGGUACUAUGUCAACAGGCUCGCUUCUGAGUGUGAGGCAUUAGCAAUACAACAGGUAGCAUUGCAUAGGUAUCACAACAAUACAAAUGUUUGUCCACUGGCAUCACUGAGAGAGGCACUGACAGCUGCCCUGUCCACCUGGCCCAGCAGCGCCCCCCUCUGGAGCAUCUAUGUACAGAUGGAGAAUCAUUACCAUAGUGCUGGCCGGGCACGCCGCUUUUUUCAUUCUGUGGUGAGGAAUAACAGCAGUGUGGUGCCACGCCUCUUUGCCAUUGUUGCUGAACAACAAAGGAAGCAGAUGGUGGAUGCUGCUCAGAGGUCUUGUUGCCAUGGCAGUGCCCUGCCCAUCUUGCCAGAGAAUGGCCUCAGUAACCGAAUCCGUGGACUGUUCGAAAGUGCCAUAGUAACAAAAAUAGGAGCUCACUGUCCUUUACUUUGGAGGGUCUACAUGCAUUUCCUGGUAUCAGAUGGGAAGGUGGAUAAAGCCACUGGGAUCUUCUACAAGGCCUUACAAAAUAUUCCCUGGGCAAAGGGUUUGUAUAUGGAUGCGGUGCAGCUGUUUCCCGAACAUCUGCAGGAAUUUGUCGACCUGAUGACAGAGAAAGAACUUCGUGUCAGAUUGCCUUUGGAAGAACUGGAUAUACUACUGGAGGACUGAAAAUGCACACGUACCUCAUUGAAGAGUUCGCAUCCACUUAAUGGCACAUUUGAGAUGAUUGCAAGAGCAGACAAACACACAGACAUAGAUAAAAUACCACAGAGUUGCAGCAUGUAAGAAUGAAGUUGCAGUGAUCUUAUCUCAAGAUGAGCUAUAAGAUGCCCCUUGUAUAUUAUGUCUAAAAUGCUUUGUAUACACAGCAAACUACCAAGAUUGUAUUUUAGUACUUGACAUUGUCAAUAAAACAACUAUCAUUU